AUGGCAUUGACCCUCCACCACCUGGGCCUCUCCCAAUCCGAGCGCAUCAUCUGGCUCGCCGAGGAACUAGGAAUAAACUACAACCUAGUUCACCACAAGCGCGACCCCAUCUUCUCACCCCAAUCGAUCAAAGACCUCCAUCCCGCCGGGACAGCUCCGGUAAUGGAAGACGACCCAUCACCCAUAACACAAUCACGCGUCGUCCUCGCCGAAUCAGGCGCCAUCAUGGACUACAUCAUCACCGUCCACGGCAACGGAAAUCUAGCACCCACCCUGAAAGACGGGCCCCUGUACACAAAUUACCUAGAAUGGUACCACUUCGCCAACGGAAGCCUCCAACCAGCCCUCUUCCGCGUCAUGAUGGCCCGCGGUCCAGCCUCGGAUCCUAACUCCCCGGUCGUCGCGCGCACGCUGCAGAAGUGGGAUCACUUAUUGUCCAUGGUGGAGAAUCGGCUUGCGGAGACGAAGGCGUAUCUUGCUGGUGAGACGCUUACAGCUGCGGAUAUUAUGACUGUUUUUACGUUGACGACAAUGCGGGGUUUUUGUCCUAUUGAGUUCGAUGAGGAGAAACAGGCAAAUAUUUUGGGGUAUUUGAAGAGGGUGGGCGAGAGACCCGCUUAUCGGAGGGCUAUGGAGAUUUGUGAGGGGAAGGAGUUUAGCCCUCUGUUGGGGGCUAAAGUGGAGCCGUUCUCGCUGGUGAAGAGGUGA